AUGGUCGAUAUCCCACUGGAAAUAUGGUUCAAUAUCGCACAUUUCAUUCCUGCCCAAGACCUCCUUCGUCUCAUGAGCCUCAACAGAGUCUUCUUCUACGUUGCAAUGGAUAUUCGGUACAAAGGUGUUACAAUCCCUACGAAAACUGGGACGGAAAGCAAACAAUUACUGACACGUCUCUCUGAUCCUUUUGUGUCUUCCCGAGUUCGUCAUUUGUCUCUGGUUUUAUACGCCAAACCUCAGUCUAUGGUACCCAACCCCGGUCGGUUCAUGUAUCUCCGCACCACUCACGGCCAGCAAAGCAUCACCGACACCGUUAUGUUUUUUCGGCUAGGACAACAAAUCUCCCCGACCCAUCCCCAGUCCCCAGAUUUUGAAGAUCUGCUUGGUGAAUUCAUUGCCGGAUCGUCCGACUUUUCAAACAUCAACGGAUUUACUAUCAAGACCUGGUAUAUGCCGUCUGCGUAUAAUUUGUCUGCCAUUUACUCGUCUAUCUGGUCAGCCUUUGGUUCAAAGCUUCAAAAGCUUUGCUUAGAAGGAAAUUUGGAGCAUUAUCGUCUGCUAGUUGACUCCCGUCCGUCGUUGCCAGUGCUGAAGGAGCUGAAUAUCGACUUCGACCGCAAUUCAUUCCAUCAUGGCCGAAUUGCUAACAAUGCACUCAGCGAUAUCAUCACUUUUCUCAAUGGCCUCAGCUCCCAUCUGGAAGUGCUCCGGAUACGGUCCUGGUUUGCCCUGGACAUCUCUGAUUUGCUUGCUCCGCUACCGAUUUUUCCCAAAUUGGUGCAUCUCGAAGUCAAUGUGACGUUCAUGUCCUGCAGGGACCCCGCCGGCCUUCAGAAUUUCAUUUAUCACCUCUCUCACACGGUCAGGAAAAUUAACCUACGCAUCAACCCCUCUCAAUCUUUCGUUAAUUCCCUUGCAUUCCAACCUUCCACUCGAUGGUUCUUGACUUGUGUGGAGGAUGACGAAUGUUUCUCGCAAUUGAGAACGAUUGAUAUCUACCUUAUUCCAACGAUUGGAAAUGGCCUGAUGGACAUUGCUGCUGCAUUCAUUCGGCGUGCGUCGAGCAGCCUCGGGGAGCUGGGAAUCCACGAGCGCAACCUCAGUGAAGACGAUGCGAUGCUCCUCAUCGACGCUCUGUCGGGGUGCACAACUAUCAGGUCCUUGCAUCUCAGUGUUCUGAACAUAACCAUCGAGUUGAUCGACAAGUUGGCCUCGUCUACGCCCGGUCUACAAAGGCUUUGGAUUUCAGUGGAAGGAGCAUUUGAUAAUGCCGAGGCAGAAGGUGGCCACGCCACUUUUCUUCGGGAGCUACAAACCCGUUCUUACCCCGAUUGGAAGCUGGAAGACCUUUCCGUUAUGCAGAAUAAAUUCCGGCUUCGCGAGGUCAACCAUGAUACCAUGAUGGCGUUUUCGCGCAGUAUACCUUCACUCUUCAGCUUUUUCGGGAAUGGACAUAUCGACCGAACGGCUACUUCAGGAGACAUUUAG